CUUCGCUCUUCCUAAACCCUCAGAAAACCUUCCUCCCUUCAUCUCAUCUUCCAUCCUUCCUCCAAAGAUCGCACCUUUUCGCCUCCUCGCCCCUGAAUCUGCCAUCAAGACCGCUUCUUGACGCUGCCGAUGUCGUCGCCCUGGGUGGACGCUUCCUCCCUCCUCCUUUUUCUCCCUAAAACCGCGUUUUCCCCGAUCCUCGCCGUGGCCCUCAUUGCCUUCUCCCUCCUAUGGUUCUGCCCCGGCGGGCUUGCGUGGGCCCUCUCCAGGGCUCAUUCAUGCACCAUCCGCGGCCCCUCCGGUUUCGUCCUCGCUCUCGCUGGCACCGCUUCCCACCGGGUGCUCAAGAGGCUUGCUGACACGCUAGAAGCCUUGGACUUGAUGGCCUUCUCGGUGGGAUUCACCCGGUUCGUCGUGGCGAGCCGUCCCGAGACGGCGAAGGAGAUCCUCAACAGCUCGGCCUUCGCCGACCGCCCGAUCAAAGAGUCCGCCUACGGGCUCCUCUUCCAUCGCGCCAUGGGGUUCGCUCCGUUCGGCGAUUACUGGAGGAAUCUGAGGAGGAUCUCCGCCACCUACUUGUUUAGCCCUCGCCGUAUCGCCGCGUUUGGCGAGCGACGGAGGGACAUCGGCCAGCAAAUGCUGGCGGACGUCCAGGACCAUAUGGCCAUGAAUGGCGUGGUGGAGAUGAAGAAAGUCCUGCACUUUGCGUCUCUGAACAACGUCAUGAUCAGCGUUUUCGGGAAAAGAUUUGAUUACUCCAAGGGUGAGGGGUUGGAGUUGGAGUCCCUGGUCAAGGAAGGGUACGAGCUGCUCGGCGUCUUCAAUUGGGCUGAUCACUUUCCUUUGUUAGGGUGGUUGGACUUGCAAGGGGUGAGGAAGAGGUGCAGGGCUUUAGUGAAGAGGGUAAACGCCUUCGUCGGGAGCAUCAUGGAAGAGCACAGGAAGAGGAGAGUUUGUGGUGAUGUGGUGGAUGGUGAGGGUGACUUUGUGGAUGUCCUCCUUGGCAUGGAAGAGGAGGAGAAGCUUUCUGACGCCGACAUGGUUGCUGUUCUCUGGGAAAUGAUCUUUAGAGGAACUGACACAGUAGCCAUCCUCUUGGAGUGGAUAAUGGCCAGAAUGGUUCUGCACCCAGACAUCCAAUCCAAAGCGCAAUCCGAAAUCGAUGAAAUCGUGGGAGUAUCCCGUUCUGUUUGUGAUGCUGAUGUCGCGAGCCUUCCGUACCUCCACGCCAUCGUGAAAGAAUCUCUCAGGCUGCACCCACCUGGUCCGCUCCUCUCCUGGGCUCGCCUUGCGGUACACGAUGUCCACGUCGGGGAUCACUUCAUCCCCGCCGGCACCACCGCGAUGGUGAACAUGUGGGCGAUAACUCACGAUGAAUCCAUCUGGGCGGAGCCUAAUGAGUUCAUGCCG